AGACAAGAUAUAAACAUAUAAAUUAUAACCCAUUUUACAACCUAUGCCUAUAACCUUAUAAAAAAAUAAAAAGAAUAAUAAUAAAUAAGUUUUAGAAAGCGAAAAAACAAUAUUAAUUGUUUGAUCCCCAUUAUAGAGAAAAAUUUGUGUGAUAUUGAAGUUAAUGUUGUGUGAAUGUAAAAAUAAACUAAUAGGUUUAUUGAUUUUUAAUUAUUGCGCGUUAUAAAGAGGAAAUGAGAAGUGGCGGUGUAGUAAGUAAAUAAACAAGUUAUUACAUUGUGGGUAAAAUAUAAAAAUUGUGCUGGAAAAGAGCUAAUUGUGAAUUAAAUUCGUUUUAAAUAUUUAAAAUUAUUUGUAAUACGUGAUAACAAUUUCUGGUUAAAAUAACAUAUUAUGAAGAAUGUCACAACAAUCAGUACCUAGUUUGAGCAAAUAUUUUGGAACGCCUGAAACUACAAAUAAAACAGGAAACCAGGACUUUUCAAAUGUAGAAGAAACUACCGAGAAACUUAAUAGUUUUCAUAUAAAGGAUAACUCAAAAAUUGAGCCAGUUGUUUGUCGAAUAUUUUCUGAAACAUCUAAUGAGCCAAAAGAUCCUACUGCAGCUUUUUUUGAUUUGAUAGGAAAUGGUUCAAGUACUGAUAGUGGAAUAAGUUCAAAUCUGGGAAUUUCAUCAGAAGAUGGAUUCACUCCACGAAUAUCUGUUGACUCUGAAGCUGAUCGUCGCAGGGAUGCGUGGAUUCCAAGUGAACGAACUCGGCAGUGCUUAAUAACAUGUGCCACAUCACCAUUGGGAACAUAUUUUCCUGACAGAGAACUUCUAACAAUGCCUGGAGUUUUGGUAGAAGAAGAAUUUACAGACAAUAUUGAAGAAGCUGUAACAGUAUGCCUUGGGGAAGCAGAAGCUUGUCAGAGGAAAGCAUUAACGGCAGCUGAUGUUACUCAAGAUGAAAGAGGACUUCGAGAAUUGGUGCAAGCUGGGGCUUAUAGAGCUGCUCUAAAUUUAACUGCCAGGCUUUUAACAAUUUAUGGUCAAGGGAGAGGUAGAACAGGUCAUCCCACUAAGCAUUCACCACAUUCACUGCAAUUAUGGUUUACUCGUAUUUCUCUAUUGGUUAAAACAAAGUCAACAACACUUGCUCAAGCAGAAGCUGAACCAUUUGAUCAACUUGAUAAACCUGAUUUAUUUUAUGAAUUCUACCCAGAAAUGUACAAGGGGCGACGUGGUUCGAUAGCUUCAUUUUCUUUUCGUUUACUAUUGGCAGAGCUCCCUAUGCACUGCGGAAAGCCUAAAGAAUCAUUAACAAAAUUAUUCAAUAUUCUCUCUACCGUCCGAAAAAUGCUUUUAAAUCUGAAAAAUGGCCUUUGUGAAGAUGGCAGUCCAACUGAAAUAAAAUCUUCUGAUAGAAAUGAUUCAAUAAGACUUUGGACUGGCCGUGAAACUCGAAUAUUACAUUCUAUAGUCAAUUGUUCGUUGCUUUUAAAAGAUUAUAUCUUGGCAAUGGACAUUUUAGGACAAUUAGCGCAAAGGGAAGGAGCACCCCGAAGCGCUUUACUCUCGGCUCUCGGUCGUUUACAUCUUCAAGUUGGCGAUAUUAAUGGGGCAGAGGCCUGUUUUAAUGAAGCACGUGAAUUAAAAGGGGGUGAAGAAACAAUACGUGAUUUGGUAGAUCGCGGCCUUGUAGCUGUUGCUCAAAAUUCGUUUAACGAAGCCUACACAUUUUUUCAAAAAGCAAGCUUGUUAGAACCGAAUAACGUUAUGAUAUUGAAUAAUAUGGCAGUUUGUCUCUUAUAUGGAGGCCAUUUAAAGGAAGCAAUAGGUGUUUUGGAAGCGGCAAUCGCUCAGAGUCCUGUACAAGCUCUACAGGAAUCUCUUUUAUUGAAUUUGUGCACUUUAUACGACAUGGAAUCAUCUAAAGGUAGAUUGAAAAAAUUUGCGUUGCUUAGACAAAUUUCGAAAUAUCAAGCUGAUGCACCUACACAAAUCUUAGAAAAACUAUAUGGGUAAAACAAUCGUCAAUUAUUAUAUGUUCACGCAAUUUGUACCAGUAUUAUCUGUAACAACCUAUAUAUGUGGUCCAAUAUAAAUCACUCAAAAUGAAUCGAUAAUUGUCACCCACCGUUAAGAAAAUAUUCUAAUGGAUAAAUGUUAUGAAGCACAAAUCUCAAUGAAAAUUUGUGCGUGUAAGUUUUUAUUAAUUUAAUGUAGCAUUGUAUUCUCCAAAAACUGACGUUUGUAAUUUUAUAGUCAAAAAAUAUUUGUAAAAUGUGUUUGGAAAUAUUCGCUAAGUAAGCUCGAGGAGUUAUCGCUCACUUAAAAAAUUUCAGUAUUUAUCUUUUGCACGUAUUACCGCGUUUGUAAAACAAUGUAUGCAUUCGGCCUACUCGGUGUAUUUAUCAGAACAAGUAAUGUUGCAUUAUAUUGAAAAUUUUAUAAACAGCAUGUGUUUGAGUUA